AGUUGUUACGCGCUAAUCAGAGAUGGCUGAUCUUUGUAGUCAACUUGGAUAGAAGCUAACUAGUUUGGGGACUGUCUUUCAUUUUAUAAGUCCUGGACUUUUCUGUUUCAAGCAUUUUACCAGUUGCUGGCCAUUUAAGAGGUCGUGUGGAACUGGCAAUUUCCUUAACGGCAAUUCCCGUUUAUUUUCAGUCAUUCGUAGACUAAAUUGCUAUCAAAUGGCUAAGAUAAUCUGACUGGGCUUCUGUAUAACAAACCCGCGACUGUAAAUUACGUAGUUUGCCAUAAGUUGUGUAGUUCAAGCACGGUUAGGCAUGCUGACCUGAAAGUAUCACUCGAGAAGCUCGAAAGCGUAAUGGCUCAUUUCACUUAUUCCUAUCGCCCUAGUUUCAAGAUCAACACCAGGUAUGAACAACUACAACAGCCUAUUUAAUGCUAAGUGUCCGGGUACAUCGGAGUGAGUUUUCGCCCUGUUCGAAAACAUUUAAUUUUGGUCGCGCUCCCGAAGUUGUACGAAAAGUAAUUGCCAGAAGCCUGUGAUGUGUUAGUUCUUUUACCUUAAAAGAAGCUGAAUUUCUCAACUGAUUCAGUCUUACUGUACGGUGGUGUGUCUUAAUCGCACCAUCCAACCAAUAACGCAACAGGUCAGACAGAUUCAAGUACAACAAAUGCCUAAUGGCAUAGCAUACACGUUAUUUACUUUCUUACUCAAGCAAUAUAUUGCCGUCUCCAUAUGUUUAUCGUGUAGUUGGCUUUAAAGAAUUAUGGAUGGUUCAAAAACAAGAAAUGAGUUUGAGGAUUAGCAAGUGUAGUGUAAUGAUAAAGCCUAGAGGUCGGUGGAAAAUGAAGAGGAAAUACAUCUGCACCACUGACCGGUUUUAAGCAAAGUCAAUCGACUUUUCUGAUCGCUUGGAGCAAUCUCGCGCACUACAGUCCUAACCGACGACUGUACAUUUAUCUGUAGCAGAGAUCAAGUGUCGGAUUCCUUCAAAAAUGCAUGUAGUGCUGAGGUUAUUCUGGAGUUAGUAUUUUAUUGAGUGACGAACUGAGUAAAUGAUAUCAGUUUUGAUGUCCUUCGAGCUACGACUAGCGAUCAGUCGACGUAGAGUUAAUGUUCCCAUAUUUCGUUCACGCUCUCUGGAAAUUUUCUUGGUUCUCCAUGACCGUUGACAUCACUAUCUCUACUCGUUAGAUUCUUUUUGUUUUGGCAUGUGAGCUUAGGCUAGCAGACAUCGGGUUCGAGGUUAACUACUUGAGUCACAGCUUUAAUAUCUAAUCCUCUUGUCACUUUACUUGUCUCAGUAUGUAAUACAUUUCUAAUUAUGGUUCCUACUUCAGUUCGACCGGUCUUAUUUCAUGCAUUCACGGUUGCACCUGUGGUUUUUCGCUUGAGGUGUGCUAACAUGAGAAGCUUUUUCCAAAAUGUAUUUCCAUCUCUAGUGCUGUACGAAGAACAAGGGCGGCUUAUAAUUUACGGUUGCUUGUUGUGUGGGAAAGUAUUUCUUUUUGAAUUACCUGAAUAAGGUGAGUAGUACUUGUACCAAUCGAGGAGCGUUUGACAAGGCCAAUCACACGACCUUUUGUGAGUUUUUAGUGUUGACUUCGUACUCCGGAAAGCCCAACCACCAAAGACGGCAAUCCCUGAAGUAGUGAAGGAUGAAAUAUUUAGGGUCAAUCCUCCUUGGCCCUAACUUAACUUUCUGAAAAUGCAGCACCGCUGCAGAUGUUGGUUGCCUAAAUGGAACAUCUUACUGAUUGUUGUAAUAAAUAAGAAUUAUUUCAAACUCCCCUUUAGAUGAGUCAAGUCAGUUGGCCUGGGAAACGUUAAAUAAAGCUAAAUCUUCAAAGUGAAUUGAUUGACUUACCAUUUAUCUAAAUACAGUUGCAUGUGCUUUUUGUUCUUUAUGUCUUGCGUUAUUAACCGGCAAGUAACCUAAGACUUGGUUUGCCGAAAUGAAUUUUAACUUUUAUUUGUUGAACAAAAUACAAGUUUAUAUGUCCUUUUCUUGGUUUUAGAGUUCGCAUAUGCUAACAUGCAACAGGCUAGUCAAGCUGGCUACCCUCCAUUCCACUAUCCAACAGCAAGUGAUCAAAACGCUCAGUUGCUUCAAGGUUAUGCGCUUUCUCAACAAGGAAAUCCAGCUGCUGGAGUUCCAGGCUCUAUGUUUGGGGCUCAGUCAGCGGCUUCAUAUAAUUUUGACCAAACAGGUUCUGCUUACAACCAAACCUCUUCGAUUCCCGUAUGUCAGGUAGACGGUUCACAAGUCCCUAUGCAACCCGCUGCCGGAGGCUUUGCUUACCCUAAUUUCUCUGGUUCAUUCAAUCAGUAUCCUGGAAUGGGGCAAGGUAUGCCCCCUGGAUUGUCAGCUGUCCAAGCAGGCUUCAGUACCGAUAUGCAACAGUUUGGGCCACUCAUGGCUAAUGCUUUUGGGCAAACGAUGUCUGCUAAUGGAGCGAUUUUAGAGGCCAUAGCUCACGAACAAGGACUUGCAGGUUUUAAUCCAGUCGCUUUCCUCCAAGACCCAACUGGCACGAACACUCGCGGUGGAUUGGGCUCUGGAAGAGGCAGCAGCCAAAGAGGUGGAUAUAACAAGUUUGGCGGUUCUCGAUCGGGUUCCAACUUGCCCAGUGUCACUAAUCCUGAUGGACUCCGGGAGGAUACAAUUUUUGUCAGUAAUCUGCCUCAAAAUAUUGAUCACGAUGUGAUGAAGUCUCAAUUUGGUGUCGUCGGGAAAAUCAAGAUCAAUUCCAAAAGCGGUAUGCCCAUGAUAUGGAUAUUUAAAGAAAAAGGUAUACCUAAAGGCGAAGCGCUUGUAACUUAUGAAGAUCCAAGUUGUGUCCAAUCGGCUAUUCAGUGGUUUAAAGAGCAUGAAUUUUUGGGAAGAAAGAUUGAAGUCAAACAAGCUAUUAACAGUCAAAGACCAGUUAUUAUCCCUCCUGGGGGAGGUGGUUUGCUGGGAGGAAAUGGAAAUGGACCAAACAAUCCUGCUGCUGCUCUGGCUGUUGCAGCUGUGGCUGCGGCUGCCAGUGGGAACACUGUUGCCAGUUUGAUGAAUAACAGUGCGGCUGCUGCCGCCAGCCUUGCUGCUCUUACAGCGAACAACCCUCAGCUGGCUGCCCACUUUGAUUCCAAGGAGUAUCCAGGUAUGGGUCGCGGAGCAAGCACAGCCUCUCGAGGUGCCCGUGGAGCAAUUACCAAUGGUUCUUCUGUACGACCUAGCGUCGGUUCGGCUCAAGCAGGUUCAAGGGAAGGCGACUGGAGCUGUCCACAGUGUGGUAAUAUCAACUUUUCAUGGCGAGAACAAUGUAAUAGGUGCCAGUCAACUCGUUCAGGCGAUGGAUCUAGUAAUCCUGAUACGAAUUCUAGAAAUAACUUGAAUGCAACUAGUCGAAGUGCUCAACCACCUGCUGCAGUUAUGAAUUCCAGUUCUCAACAGAGCAAUCCUGGAUUUGGACGAGGCGGAGCAAUGAAUCCUACUUCAAGCGCCAAUCGAGGAGGUCGAGGUGGUGGUCCCAUGCGUGGAAGUAGUGUUGGAACAGGUCGGGCGCGUCCAGCGCCUUAUUAAGCCAUCUAAAUUUGCCAUUGUAGGAAAUUUCUUGAAAUAUGCUUUCAUGAUGCAUUUCAGGUCUCUGCAAUUAGUGUCUUUGUUGUCUCACUAACUGGAUGGUUUGUGAAAUAUUGUAUUUGAACUAUGUAAUUAUGGUCAUAUAACCCAAUAAUUGUUAUAUGCUCU